UUCCGCAGCCAGCGAGCGAGAUCGCCGUCGUCGUCGUCGUCGUCGUCACCGCUGCCGUCGCCGUCGUAUUCGCGGAGCAGCACGCCAGCAUCGGGUGACGGGCGGAGCAGCACGCCGUGGAGCGCGCGCGAACGCUCGCGGACGAUGUCGUGACGUCGUGACGCGGUGACCAGCGGUGACAGCGACUCGCGCUUCUCGUGUCUUCUACCGUGUCUUCGUCGAGACGAGAGAGAGAGAGAGAGAGAGAGGGAGAGGGAAAGAGAGAGAGAAAAAAAAGAGACGUCGCGCCGCGGUUUGUCUUUCUCUUCGCUGCGUCUCGCGUUCCCGAUUCCUCGUCGUCGUCGCCGUCGGAUAAUCCCGAAGGAAAAGGAAAGGAAGGGCCGAGCGUCGCGGCUCGCGAGAGAUUGAUCGUGCGCGUACGUGUGCGUGCGCGCGUGCGAGUGAGCAAGCGAGAGCGAGCGAGCUUAACCUGCCUGCCUACCUGCCUGCCUACCUGUCCGUUCCCGCGAACGCGAGCGGCGCGCUGACGAAAACCUGCGCGCUCGCUGGUGCAUGAAUGGUACAUGAGUCGGCCGGACAGUGCCGAGCUGCGGGAUCUCUCAUGGAGGACAGCCGAGUGUGACGGUAGCUGGCGACGCGCGGGGCUCCACAAGGUGGCACGGGAUAACGUCAAGGUUACCGCAGCCCAACCAUCCAGAGAUUCUUCCACUGAUGGCCACAUUGGCACAUCUCUAGCGGCAUUGUUUCACCACAAUCAGACAUAAUGCUGAUCACAUAGCGUAUACUGGGCUGUAAACCACAUACUUGGACGCAAAUCUCCCCGAUAGAUUAUGCGCUGCGCGGCAUAGAAAAUUCAACUAGGAUAUUUAGGAUAUUUAAUGUACUGAUGCACAUUUUGGCGUCAUUUUUCAACUAAAUAUUUUCUUCCGCAUCGAGAAGUAUUGCAUUCCUCUCGGCCAACGAUACCAAAACCUCCAUUGAUUAAUUCCUCCAUCCAUUGAAGAUGACCAGUAGACUCGAGGAAACAGAGCAGAAAUGGACUUGCGAGUACUGCACUUAUGAGAAUUGGCCCUCUUCUUUAAAAUGCACCAUGUGCAGGGGCGCCAAGCCUCUCCUGGGCGAAGACAUUUAUCGUCUUCGGGAUCCCAGCCCCCAAAGAGGUUCCUCCAACGUCGCUUCCGGCCCCGUGUCCCAGAUAAGUCCUACGGACAACUUUACUUCGCAAAAUUACAGCCAGAAUCUGCCUUCGGCGGGAAAGUGGGCCUGCACCAUGUGCACUUAUAUUAAUUAUCAGAAUACAACGCGGUGCGUACAGUGCAGCAACCGGAAGCCUGUCAAUCAGUCUGUCAAUUCAUUAGCAUCGAAUCUACAUGAACAUUUAGCGCCGCUGCGACUGGCCGAUGGAUCACCAAACUCGGGAUCGAAUUCCCAGCUGAAUCCCUCGCCAAUUAAUCUCCAUCCGGAAAGAUUGUACAAUAUGAAUCCAGAGAAAUGGUCCUGUCAUGUGUGUACUUACGAGAACUGGCCCAAGGCGACCAAAUGCGUCAUGUGCGGUCAUCCGAAGGAGAAGGAUAAAAGGGAUAAGGGAACACAGGGAAAUGGGGUGAUUUUACCGAGUCCCGAGAGAGAGCAUAGUCAACGGGGUUUGCCAUCGCCUCCACACGCACCUUAUAUUCAUCAGACGCAGAGAGAGGAUAAUUUAGCGAUAGGAAGGAGAGGUCCACAUAGGUAUGCGGAGAGCCGGAACGAUAGUUUAUCAACUCCUCAAUCUCCGAAUAACUGUGAUUACGAGCGCCGAUUGAAGCAGUUAAGACGCCACACUGAUUGGUGUUGGUUAAACGCUUGUCUCGGUAUUGUCGAAGGUGACAACACUCCUGUUGAAGCUUACCUGGCGAGCGGUGGCGAUCCUGCCCGCCAAUUGACGCAUUCUGAGGUUUUGCUCCUUAACAGAAGUAGCGCGUUUGACGUUGGGCACACCUUGGUGCACUUGGCUAUUAGGUUUCAAAGGGAAGAUAUUUUAGCAACAUUGCUGUCGCAAAUUGAAGGUUCGGGCUCGGGGGUGAAAAGGGUACCGAGUUACGUCGCACCUGAUCUCGCGGUACAGAUUCGCCGACAUGUCACCAAUAGUAUACGCUUACGCAAAGGCUCAUUCCCCUGUUAUUUUGUUACCGAUAUGGCCACCUUCGCGUUGCCAGCCGAGGUUGAAGAUCUGCCGAGCAUUGUACAAGAGCAGAUGCUAGAGGAAUUGUUAGAUAAGGAAGCUCAACAGCAAUUGGAAGGCGGUGGUGGCGAACCGCCAGCUCUAAAUUGGUCUUUAGAAAUUACUGAACGAUUAGGUAGUCGUUUACAUGCGCUCUGGAACCGAUCGGCUGGGGAUUGUCUUCUGGAUUCUGCUAUGCAAGCCACUUGGGGUGUUUUCGAUAGAGACAAUGCUCUCAGGAGGGCGCUCGCCGAUACCCUACAACAAGCUGGGCAAUUCUUUUAUCCUCGUUGGAGAGAGUACGAAGCCUCGCAAGCAUCUAGGAUGUUAGAUUUUACUUUAGAAGAGACGCAGUGGCAAGAAGAUUGGGAAAGCUUGCUAGCAACGGCCGCUCAACCUGGAAGCGCGUUAGAACAAUUACACGUGUUUGCCCUUGCCCACAUUUUAAGACGACCCAUUAUAGUUUAUGGAGUUAAAUAUGUUAAAAGUUUCCGCGGUGAAGAUAUAGGAUAUGCGAGAUUUGAAGGCGUCUAUCUACCACUAUUAUGGGAACCUUCAUUUUGCAUCCGUUCACCAAUCGCAUUGGGUUAUACCCGUGGCCAUUUCACGGCGUUGGUUCCAAUUGAGCCCUACGCCUCGUCCAGAAUACCGCCCCUCGCAACUCACGGGGUAGUGAGUGGGAACAACAGUCCACUCGAGCAGCUACAGAUUCAGAUGCAGACCACCUUUAUGCCACUAAUGGAUCGUGAGCAUAAGCUUCUGCCAAUACACUUUCUCACGACUGAUGAGAUCGGUCGUGAAGAAUCCAUUUACAAAGAGUGGUUGGAUGUAUGUAGAACAGAGGGUGGAAUUCUGGUAGCACAGCAGAAACUUCACAAAAGACCGCUGCUCGUUGCGCAGAUGCUGGAAGAGUGGUUAAAUCAUUAUCGUAGAUUAGCUCAAACCAACGAGGCACCUUUCUCGAGACCACCCACAUUACAGGAUUAUAGUAGCGAUGGUGAUACCGAAGAUGAGUAGUGCAGUAAUUUUAAGAGAGAAGUGUUACGACUGACAUGAGAAGCAUCUUCAUUUCUCACAAGUUGAUUCUCAACCGAAAAUUAUAAAAUGGUUAGUAUUAUAAAACGAAAACUAUACGUGAAUGCCGUACUUUCAUGAAUAACUCGAUACAGAGAAACUACUACGUCCAUACACUGGCAAUGUACCAUUUAAAAAAUUGAGAACGCUGUCACAUCGCUAUGGAUCACUUUGCAAGCAAAAAUUAUAAAGUUUGAAUUAGGAUUUACGAACUAUAUCAAACUAUAAUGCACUAAUUAUUGAGUUAUUGCCAUUAUUGGGGGAAAAACAUCUUUUUACAAUUAAAUUACCUAUACAUUUCUCAGAAAUGUUUAGUUAUGACAUAGCAAGAUAAUGCCAGUUUGUUGCAAAAAUCUUUCUUUGCGGAAUGAAUUAUUUUUUUAUCAUAUUAUUAUGCUGAUGUUAACGCAACUUAAGAAAAUGAUGUAAUACUUUUUUUAUCGUGAUAAAACAUGGGAAGAAAAUACGAGUUUAAUUUUUUGAUAUGGAAAAGGGAAUGUUGGAUAUAUUAUAUAUAAGUAUGGAGAUGUGUGUUUAAAUAAUACGUAUAGGUGUUAUACAAUUCAUUGCCAGUGACGGUGAGCGAAAGUGGGAAACAUUGUCGUUUGUUACAAAUUGUCGAAUCGUUUUGCAUAAUAUUAGAAAUUUAAUUGUUAGGCUAUUGAAAAUAACAUUUUUUCACAGAUAGUUUGUAAAAAUAUAGUCUCGGAGGAGGGAAAGAAUUUGAAACUUCUUCUCUCGCAAAAUAUUGUGGAAUUUUGCGAAAACGUUCGGACAGAUUUUUGAGCAUUCGUUUGUCGCGUUCCAUUAUAAUGACAAACGAAAUAAUAAGUGUGAUUUAAUGGCAGACUUUUUAGUCUUCUCUCUAAGAAGGAAGAAAACUUAGAUUAUCAAUAAUAUUUUGAAUAACUAAUUUCGAGAUAUAAUCACUUAAAAAUUAAUUAUUCAGAUAUUGAUUGUCGAUUGAAAGUUUCUUAUCUUCAAUUAUAAGAAUCAAUAAAUAGUUGAAUUUCGAAUAAUUGAAAAUAAAGAAUUUUUCGUGUAAAACAUCGUCCUUGCUGCCGGAGUUAAUUUUUCAAGAAAAGUAUUUAAGUUUUUAUUUUAAUUUGAUAUAUUUUAAAUAAAAUAAAAAUAUUUACUUCAAUGAGAUAACUUUUUAUCUAUAAAAUUUUCGACUACAAAAAUCUGCCACUAAAGAUCGAUAUAAAAUAUCUUAUAUAGUGACACGAGUUCCGACAUACCUGAGGCGCAAUUCUUCAGGAUAGUAAUCUAGAAAAGUCAACAAAUUCCGUGUAUAAUCGUCUUUAAGUCGUUUCACUUGUUAUAACUUAGAACUGCGUUAAGGAAAUCAAGCAGUCGAACACGAACAACGAUCUGUCCCUUUUUAAUGAUCGAAAUCGCGCGGAUCUAGAGCGUUUAUCUCCAAUGGUGUGUUAAUAGGAAAAAAUAUAUAACUAACAGACUUGUGAAAAACUGUUUGCUCUGUAAAGAGAAAAAAAUAUGGUUUCAUUUUUAUGCGAGGGAUAUAAUAUAUUAUUAUAUAGUAAUAAUAAUAUAUUAAAUUUUUCGCGUAAGUGUGGUUCACAAUCGUGUUAAAUCUAUAUAUAUAUAACACUGUACGAACUUUUAUAAAAAGCGAUGAGAAAGAAAUUAAAGAGAUGAGUAGCACAUAUGUUUAAGCGUUAGGAUUAUUAUCGAACAGCUGACACACAUACACACACACACACACAUACACACGCGCACGCACACACACGCGCGCACACACGCGCGCCCACACACGUAUUCACACAUCUAACAACGCAUUCUAGCGAACGAACAAGCGAUUGUAACAAAUCUUUAAUCAAAAAAGUACAAAAAGUCGCUAGAAAUGUUUCUUCGGAAAUACUUCUUCGUUUUUUCGACGUAACAAUAAUAGUCUUCAUUUCUUACUAUUUAAUUCUGAUAACAGCAACAAUGUAGCGUCUAGUCCUUUUGCAUAUAGCACCACAUCGCGUUUUUUUUCCUUUCUUAAUUAUGAAUUAAUUAUUGCGCGAUCGGAAGUCACGUGAUAAAAAUUAAUGAAAAAGGCUUGAAAGGAGAGAUCAAAACCAGAUCAAGAAACCGGUGUAAUUCUGUCGGAUUUCGAAAUAGAUUUCGGAAUUAAAGAAAAGUGAAAACUUUUAUAAUAUAAAAUGUAAAAUUUUGAACAUGAUGUGAUAUGAAAAAGGUUGUAUUAUUAUUAA